CCCCCACCUUCACCCACCCCAGGUGAGGGGGAGGAGGAGACCCUUAGGCCGGACACCACACUUGUCACCAUCACCAUCUCUACUAUUGACAAAAAGUGCCCUGAGUUCCACAGCAAAUAUGAUGGUACCAAUCGCUUCAUUGACGUAGAUUUCAACAGUCUGAACACUGUCAUCAACAUUCCUUCUUGGGUUAUGGUGUUAGAUUUCUUCAGCACUGAUCAGGAGGAUGGCUCUCCUUCAAAGAGUGAUGGAAAGGUCACUCCUGAUACUUCACUGUCAUCCUCGCAUAAGGGCAUGGAUGAACUGAACACUAUCAUGGAGGUACAGGUGCGAUCUCUCACCCUAAUCCUGAACAAGCCCGAGUGUGAGCUAGCCCAGGCAAGCAUCUCGCAGGUUCUGGUGCGGUCUGUGGGAUCUGAGGGAAAUCUGACUCUCACUGGGCGACUAGGGUCCCUCUCUUUGGUGGACUGCACAAGCCAUGGCCAUCUUUACCGGGAAAAGUUCAUCACCACCGGAUCAGAGGCCAUGACGUUCCAGGUGUUCAAGUAUGGGCAUGAUGAUCCUGAGAUGCUGAGGGAAUGUGAUAUUCGUGUGAAACUGAAAAUGUCUUCUGUGAUGUACCUACACACCCAUCGCUUUGCCUCAGAACUUACCCAGUUUGUACAGGAGUUUAAUCAGUUAAGAGAUAUUGUGUCAAGAUGGAGAGCUACUAGUGCUGGAUUAAAGGUAUCAGAUUUUAGCAGAGGUUCACGUGUAUCACUGGACAUCACUGCGGGCUCUCCUGUUAUAUUCAUCCCCAUGUCUAGUCGAUCAGAGACACUUCUGGUGGCAGAACUAGGAAGCUUGACCAUAACCAACAAGUUCCUCUGGGCAGGUUCAAAAGGAACCAUAAGUCAGGUACAGCGGCAGAGCCUUGAGGAAAAGUUUGUGUCUUCUUAUCCAAGUGGUGCAGCUGGACGCUCAAGAUCCCGGUCCCACAGUAGACACCGGGACCCAAACCUGUCCUACCUCAGUGACUCGGAUAUGGAGGGUGACCUGAGACAGCAGGCGCUAGCAGUAAGUGCCUCCCACAAGUGCCUCCUUGAUGUCAUGUACAUAGACCUAGUGAACAUGGACCUCUACACAAGCACAAGAGCCACACGACCCAAGUACAGUCAGCAAAAAGCAAAAACGACGAAGGGGAAUGAGAAGGAAGUUGGAGGCAGGGUGACAGAGGACAGUGUCGAGUGGAUGUUUAGGGCUUACUGUGUUGUUCGACAAGGGAAGUCGCUGCUUCAGGAGAAAUGUGCGAUCAAGCUGCAGGUGGAGAGGAACCUGGACACUGCCAUUAGUCACGCAGUGCCGGAUAUGAGUAUUCAUGGCACAGUCAAGAAGGUCCAUGCCACCAUCCACACAGCAGAGUACAAGUUUAUCCGUGGAUUGCUUAUGUAUAACUUUGGGGAGCCUUUGCCUUCCCCUCCUCCUAUAUACCUCUACCAAACACAGCCACAGCAGACCUGGUAUGACCUAGGGUCAGUGUGGACCUCCCUCACAAUCAUUCUCAAUUUGGACAAUGUUACCCUUGAGUUGGAGAAUCUUGAAGAGGAGAACGUUCUAGAGACCAAGCCCCUUGCCUGUGUCAACUUCAUCAGCUCGAGGCUAACCUUUGAGAGCUUUUCGGAUCAGACCAAAGAUGUGGACCUAGUGUCUCAGGAAAUCCUUAUCAGUGACACGAGAUUUGAGGGCUUCCCAAUGAAUAAAAGAUCAAAUAUCUUCACAAACAUCUUGCAGCCCACACCUUUAAAAAGUGCAAAAAAUGACAGCCAGUUGCAGGCUGAAGUGCAUUAUAGAUCAACAAAAGAUGUCACAAGAUUUACCAUUCUUCUUAAUAACAUGAGGCUAAUGGGAAUCUUGGACUGGUGGAUGGAAGUGCUGGACUUCAUCUACAAGAUGCCAGAUGACCCAGUUCUUGCAGGUAGUGGUACGUCAUGCAGCAGCCCAGGAGUCUCAGAGCAUCACAGUUAUGCAGCCACUCCUCUCAUGUUCUCCCCUAUUCAUACUCCUAUCCUUAGAUCACCUCAGGGGCAGUCCCCACAACCUCAGUCUCCACAGCCACAGUCCCCUCGCUCACAAUCCCCUAUCGUGGGGCUGCAGAGGGAGUUCAGUCACAGGUCUGCCACACCAAGACUGAAUCCCAUGGUUGAGUCGACAGGUGUCAUGACCAAGCAUGCUCUUAUCCAAGAACAGCACAAAGUUCCCUUUGAACUGAAGCUGAACAUCACAGACUCAGAGCUUGUGGUAUUGGAGAACACAGCUGUGUGGGAUACGAGCGCAGUCAUAUUAAAGAGCACAGCAGUCAUCAGUUAUCGACCACAGCACCAAGAACGCCCUCUUUCAUGCAACUUGAACCAGUGUGAGCUAUACUCAUGUAUAUUAGGCCUGGAGGAUGAUACUGCUCUCUCCAUUAUUGACCCUGUCACCAUCAACAUUGAAGUCAAUGACAGAUUAGGGCAGAAUCAGCCAGUGGACAUAUCCAAUGUGUCAAUGGCAGUGCAGCAUACUGUUGAGGUGGUCAUGCACCAAUUAAAUAUUCGUCUGAGUUACCAUGACAUGAAAAUGUUCCAACAAAUCCUGGAGUCCAUUCCAAAGCAGCGUGAAGUUGCCAGGAAGCCUUCUGUAUCGAAAGAAAAAAAGCAGCCUGCAAAUUUCCAAGCUCAAGUCGAUAAAUUGUCAGCUUUGGGAUUCCGGCCUGCUGAUUGCACCCGUGCCCUGGAGGAAUGUGGAGGUAGGCUUGACGAUGCUGCUCUUUGGCUAACGCACAAUGCCCAGCCUGUACCUGCUCCCACAGUAACAGUCCAGGACCCAGGCAAGACAGGCACCAUCAACUUCCAUGCUGUGGAAAUCAAGACAGGGAGUGUCAAUGUGUGUGUCAUUGAUGACUGCGGGGAUUGUGAUGUCCCCUUGCUUGAGAUUUCCCUCUCACAUCUUGGUUUGAAACAGGAUUGGCAAGGAAAAGGAUCAGCAAGCUGCUCUCUCUCAGUUGACUACUAUAAUCGAGCACUGUCUGGUUGGGAGCCUUUCUUAGAACCUUGGCGGUGUGGAGCAGAGUGGGACAAGACUCCAUCAAAAGAUCUUACUGGGGAGCGGUUGUCCUUGAGUGUGAAGACUGAAGAUACUGUGAAUGUGAACGUAACUAAUACCUUGCUGGAAUUGUACCACAUGGUGAAGAACAACUGGACUUUAGAUUAUUACAACAGAGACAGGCUGGAGAUUGAGAACAACAUUGUGUCCAAUGAAGGUGGAGGUAAAACAUUGGUGGUCAGUCCUCAGGGUUACAGACGACGUUCACCCUUUAUACCCUUUGCACUCAAGAAUGACACUGGAUGCAAUCUUUGUUUUGCAACCAUGACAACAACUCCAGACAGUAUGGCUGAUGUUGAGAGCCUGGGGCAGAGCAUCAUGCCGGAGGUAGAUUGGAUAAGUGUACCAGCUGGUAACACGGUCCCCUUCUCCUUUGAGGGCCGUGGAAAGCAGCGCCAUCGAGAUACCCAUGAGCUUAAGGUUCACCAGCUGUUGGUCCAGGUGGAUGGUUGGCAGGCAGUUGGUCCUGUCACAGUGGAUAAAGUUGGUUGGGUAACUGAGAUUGCACCUGAGAAUGCUUUGUAG